AUGUUUCAGCUUGUUUUUUUCAUUCUGUUUACUUCUGGAUUCACUGAAUCACAAGGAAAAAAAGUGCUUUGCAGCUCCUCAGAUGUAGAAAUAUCGUAUUCCUUUUGUGAUUCUAUGGACCAUGUUUUCUUCCUUAGUAUAGUCCCUUGUUCCUUUAGAGAAGGUCGUUGGAAAGUUACUCUUUUAUGGAUUCCAAGGAGUGAUAUAAUCUUUUUGGAGAGCAGCAUCAAUGUAUGGUAUGAUGCUGGAAAUGUAUUAGAAUUGAAAGAAGUUAUUUGCAGUGGAUUUGAUGAUGACUAUUCAUUUUGUGGAACUCUGAAGGGAGAGACGAUCAAUACAACGUUUGAAUUUAGCGGUUUAAGGAUGAAAUUGCUGAAGGGAAUAUAUACAAUUUUUUUAAGAUUAUUCUCUGGUCCUUCUGAGAAGAACUUGCUCCUGUGUACGAAUGUCACCUUGUUAAUAAAAUAG